GCAAAAUCACGAAGGGUCUUCGAGCUGAACGAAGCGCUGCGGACAAUUAACAUGAUUGAUUCGGCUUUGUAUCGUCGCGCUUGCGAUGCCUUCAAAGAGCAAUUCUCUGCUGAAAAAGCACGAGUCUUUCAUUUUGUUCAUAGCGAGAACGAAGAAACUUCUUCGAGUUCGACAGCGGCGGCCAACAACAUGGACGACUACGUCGAAGAUUCCGACAAGAACUCUUCAAAGCGUAGUACUACUACAAAUAAGAGUUCUACUACAACCUCCAGCAGCCUUUUUGAUACCAUUUUGCAAUAUCACGCUAGUGCACCAGCAGGUCAGCCUGCUUUGGACGAGCUGUCUGAAGGAGCAGCACUCGAGCAGCGACUAAAAAACGCCGAGCUUGUAGCUCGUGGCAAGGCAUUGGGUCUACUGGUUGAAGUCGACAAAUGUCUGUCAAGCGCUAUCAGUUCGUUUUUUUAUGGCUUUGGCUUUUUUUCAAAAUUAGUAAACUAUGUAUUUUAAGUUUUUUCGCGAUUGCUGCUUACACGCCACUAUUCUCUGUAUCACAGCGACAGCUUUUUUGAGGAAUGUUAGAAUAUCUUCUAGAUGAUGCUCCUUCCAAAUGUUCCACAUUAAGUCUAUUCCGUCUAAAACUUCCUUCAGGCUCAAUAUCUUAGGGUUAGUACUGUAGAUUCAUUACCGUAAUUCUCGGCUCUUAUCUCAGGCUUAUCAGUUAGUAGACGAGUCAUAGUUUCCCUCAUAUACCUUAGCUAGGUUAGUCCCCCCGCCUCAUCAAAAAAAUUAUAGUAUUUAUACCAUAGGAAAGAAUCUUGAUCUUCAUGUUGUUCAUAGUUAGUAUAUCGUUCGAAGAUCAAAAUCAAUGUUAACGGUGAAAAAUCUUGUGUUUACGGACACAAAUGGUCGGUAUACUACGAAAGUGUCGGGAGACUACUUCGUCUCUACGAUCGAAUGUUGACAGUAUUAUAUUACUCAGGAACACCCUACUACAGCACCUUAUAGCAGAGUAAGGUGUUCUUUAUUGCUUAAGCUUAAUAUAGCCGAUUAUGAUGAUUACUAGACUUAAGCGCCCGGUAGCACUCACCCCACCAGAAUCCCCCACCCUCUGCACGCACUUCGCCCGCCAUUGGAUUGCGUGGCCCGGCUUGCCCGGCCACUUCCCUCCGCGGCAACUGUCUGGCGAAGUUGAUCGGUGGAACAGCACAAGAGUGGGGCUCUUCGCGGCCUGCGGGUGCGGCUAUUGAAAAGGCACGCCCGGAAAUGGUAGACCUGGGAGCUUGCUGGUCUUACUUCUGUUAGGUUUGGCAUCAAGCGUUUAACUUUCAAACUUUUGCCAUUCGUCUACUUCGAAGAAACUUAAAAACUUUCUUUUUUUUUUAAUUCAUUUUUCUUUAAUAAAGUCAAAAAUUUUGUCACUUUCGCGCUUUCGAGUUUGGUUCUUCGGUUUUAAAUUUGAUCGCGCGCUUUGGUAAGCGCUGUAGCGUUGUAGGCUUCAGGCUGAAGACUUGAAGCCCCAAGGCAGUGAAAGACUUGGAAUCCAGUUUCUUUUAAAUUUAUCUCUCCUCCUUCGAUAAAGUCAAAAGCGUUGCUAUUUUCGCGCUCUCAAAUUGAAGGCAUCAACUUAAAACUUUCCAAAGUCCCAAAGCUUUUACCUUUAUCGCCAACAAAAUAAAUCUAAGCGCCACCUUUAGAGUUUAUCGCCCUUUGAUAAAGUCAAAAGCUUUGCGGCUUUCGCGCUUUCAGAUAGAGGGCCCCAAACUCAAUUUAAAGCUUUUCAAAGUCCCCCAGUUUUUAACCUUAUCGCCAACAGUAUAAAUUUCAGCGCCAGGGCCGCGCGCUGUAGGCUUCAGGCUGCCGGUUGGAAGUUCAUAAGUUCCGAAGUUCAUAAGCGCAUAAGCCCAUAACUCGCUAACUUCGUAGCUCCAUAAGUUCGUGAGUUCAUGGGUUUGGGGCUCGGGAGUGGAAGAGCGAGAGUCUGGGGCUCGGAAGUGGAAGAGUGAGAGUUUGGGUGCCCGGAAGUGGAAGAUUGAGAGGCUGGGGCUCAGAAGUGGAAGAGUGAGAGUUUGGGGCGGGGUCGUUGUUGAUUUUUUAUUUAGUUCUGCAAUAUUUAUUAUGAUGAUUAUGAUGAUUGGGGACGCACUGCGCACUACAAAAUAGAAAUGGCGGACGACCAUGGGGUGCAUGGAGUAGCCCUCUAAUGGUAUCUGGCCCACGACCUUAUUUGGAGCGGUGAGCGCCCCAAGGAACAAGUGGCGAUCCGCCGUUAUUUAAGGGUAGGCUUUACUAGGUCUUUCUGUUCUUGCCGUUUGUUAUGGCUCUCUUAAGGGAGAAAAACGCAUUAACAUAUGCAGAGAAAAGUAUAACGAGCGGGAGACUGGGAGUGGGAGAAAAGCAUAACAAACGGCGAUCACAACAGAAACAGCAAAAGAAAGCCUUUAAGCUAUCUGAUGCGAGAGAUGCCCAAGAUUAACGAUCGGCUCUGGGGCUACAUUCUCGACAACAGACAAGAGCCAAUCCUCUAUUAAGGCUGCGUAUCUUCGAAUUUGAGCUAGCAAUAAAAUAGACUUUGUACUUUUUUCAUAUUUUUCUUACUAGUGACACUUUUUUUAGCGUGUCAGUUGAUUACCUCUAGGUCUCACUUCAUCAACAAGAAGAGAACUAUCUAGAAGAGGACUAAAAGAGUGUCAGUUUAUUACGUCUACUAGGUCCUCCAUCAAGAGGACUACAUCAACCCAAUUGCGUUACCACUAUCUAGAAGAGGACUAAAAGCUUGUCGUCUCAUGACGAUGUACCUCCAGACGAAAACUGUUGUAGUCCACUUCUAGAAAGGCGGAGUCGCAUUACUCAGAUGACCACUAUCUAAAAGACAGUGGGAGUCACGGUCAUGUUGAUGAUAUUGUGUGAAGAAGACGAAUUAUCUCAUCAAUCUACUUACUGUUACUCUCUAAGCUUCCACGCGUAGACGCACAAACCCUAGCGACUUGAGUAGCCAGGAGGAUUUUCGCAAAUCUGUUCUUACGUUUUUGGAAAAUCGAGGACGAAAAAGCUACCCUCCAGUAUUUAUUGACUUCCAUGAAGCAGCCAAAUUUGUUCCACUUAAGGGUAGGUUAAAGGUGUUCCUGUUACGUUACCGUUUGUUUUGCCUUUUUGAACAAAAGGGAAAGACAUCGGCAUAAUGAACGGCAACGGGGAAAACCAACGGACACCAACCACCUACCUCCAAUCCAUGUGCCGGCGACAAGGACUUCUUUGAGGAACUAAAGAGGGAGAUGCAGCCUUAAGGAGCAUUGAUGUGGCGCGACCACUCGCGAUGAAAAAAGAAAAACAUGAAGCUUGUCAGCUUAUGCACAUCCGUUCCAAGAGUGAAGUUAACGGUGAACCUGUGGCUGGGUCCACUGCCACGUCGCUUAGUCGAUCAUGUAUUAACAUGAGAACAAACACAUUUCAGCUUAGCCGAUCGUCGUUUCGCGUCGUGCUGGAGGAGGUGGACUUCUGCACUAAGCAAUCGACCACCAUUAGAGCCAGGUAGGCAUCAAUCACUCUCGAACUCCUCGAUGACAGAGGAUCAAGGUUGUGCUGCAAGAGCGAGACCAUAGCUCUUUUUUAGUAUUUUCUUGAAUGGCCACAUUUACCAAUACCACGGUUGAUAAUCUGGUACAUGUGCAAGCAAUUUUCAUGUGAACAAUGAACAUGUGCAUCUGGAUGUGAACUUUCUUUUAUGUUUUUGGGCUUCCUCUGGGGCCCGGCGGCGUGCAUAAAUCAAUCUGGUAGCGAGGGAUGAAUCGAAGGAAAGUAUGAUAAUACAUUUAUGAAGUAGAUCUGGUCGAAAAAACUACUUGUGGUAAGCUGCGAGUGUGACAGGGGC